UCGCAUGGUCUGCACAAAAUAUUGAUUUAAAAAAAGAAAAAGAAGGCACGCACUCACACGCGCACCUUUCAGUCUCACUAUUUGUUUCCCUCUCCAAUCUUCUCCGGUGACUUAAACCAACCAACACAAACUCAAACCUUCUCUCCAGCUCUCUCUUCUUCCUUCCUCCAGCAUGAGCUCAAUCGCUCAGGGUUUCACCAAGUCGCUGGCCAUGACCAUUCUCUCUGAGAUCGGCGACAAAACUUUCUUUGCAGCUGCGAUACUGGCUAUGCGACACCCACGACGCCUAGUUUUAUCAGGUUGCUUGUCAGCUUUGAUUGUGAUGACCAUUCUCUCUGUUCUUGUUGGUUGGGCUGCUCCGAAUCUGAUCUCUCGUACAUGGACUCAUCACAUUACAACAUUGUUAUUCUUUGGCUUUGGACUUUGGUCCAUAAAAGAUGCAAUAUUUGAACAAGGGGAUACUGAAGAAUUUGCUGAAGUUGAAGCUAAAUUGGAUAAAGACUGGAAGGCUAACAAUGGAGCUUCAAAAAAUAGCAAUAAGGUUGAUGAUGCCGCCAAAAAGCAUAAACGGUCGUUUUUAUUUCAAUUUUUUUCUCCUAUUUUUAUACAGGCAUUUUCUAUCACCUUUUUUGGUGAAUGGGGUGACAAGAGCCAGCUAGCUACCGUAGGUUUGGCUGCAGAUGAGAACCCAUUUGGUGUGGUUCUUGGAGGGAUUCUGGGUCAAGCAUUGUGCACUGCUGCUGCUGUUGUUGGAGGGAAGAGUUUAGCCUCUCAGAUAUCUGAAAAAAUUGUUGCACUCUCAGGUGGAAUUCUUUUCAUUGUUUUUGGAAUUCAAUCAUUCCUUUCUCCAGUCGAAUCAUGAAGGCUGUACAAUUGAGGGGAUGGAAAGCCUUUCCUUCAUUGGAGCUGUAAUUCAAACGGAGACUGGUAGGAUGUCACAACUCAUUAUGUACUCAAUUUGGGUGCACUUAGUAUGUACAAUAAUCUCUCCCUUGUAAAGGGAAAUUCACUUAAAAGUGGAUAGAACCCCCCAAAGUGCUGUAACUUGACUGACUAUCACGUUAUUUUGUUGAAUCUCACAAGGCUGAUCUUUAGUUUAGCAAGUAGCAGUUUCGCACUGUUUCCCCCUAAAGUGUCAAGUACCAUUGUUCAA